CGCGAUUCAAACCCUAUGUAGACAAAGAUAGAGAGAAUCAAGGCCACGCCCGGCUGCCUUCUCGAGUCUUCAGAGUUUCUUUACCUAUCGUCUGGUUGUAGCGUGUGCGCGAUGUUUCUUCAGUAACUUAUUUACCUUUGCUGCCAUCGUUUCUAUCUACGCUCGUCGUUGUCGCCAUGUCCACUUCACUCGUACGCGCAGGAUUGGUCCUUUUUGCCAUUGUGGAGAUUUCUUCUGGAGCAGGCGAUUACUUCAGCCUAUUUUCGGAUUUUCGAGUGUCGGGAGAGGAAGUGGUGAUCGUGCGCGCGACGACGCCUGAGUUAGGAGCACAGUUUCUUCAAUCUCCUCGACAACCUCAGCUGCAAUUCCAGGCUUUUAAUCAGUCUUACGAUCUGACCCUACAACCUGUUACGACAGGUAGCCUGAUAUCUCCCUAUUUCACCGUCAUACGCCGUGACAGGAACACAACGCAGACCAUCCCAAUACAUUCGGUCGCCAAAUGCUUUUACCGUGGACAACACGCAGCCUUCGAUCUCUGUCGGAGUAUGAGAGGAAUUGUUCUUUUAUCUCCCACUGAGUUUUUGAGCGUAGAGCCGUUGCGGCUUCUCAGAAGGUCGUUGGACACUGAAAGUCACAGUCACUUGAUCCGACGAAUGUCACGGAAUUCUGAAAGCCGACCUCAUAUGUGGAAGAACAAAAAACGUGUUGAACGAAAUGCCAGUUUUCGAAAGGAAUCAGGUGUUACCAUUGAAACGGCUGUUUUCGUGGACGCCUAUCUAUAUAAUCACAUGGCUCGCGAAAAUUUUCCGGACGAAACUGAACAAGAAAUGACACAUUUCGUGCUGGCCAUGAUUAAUGCGGUGCAAUUACUUUAUCAGGAUGACUCGUUGGGCCAUCAGAUCGAUUUCCAGGUGCAGCGAUUAGAGAUGUGGACUCGUCAGCCACUAGACCUUCUACCAAUUUUGGCUUCUCCAUCCGGAUCCACCACAGCGAUUCAUGGGAAACAAGGAAUCCAUGACAUUGAUCGAUAUCUUAAUCGAUUUUGUCAUUGGCAAAGCCGUGAAAAUCCAGGUGAUGACCACGAUCCUGAUCAUUGGGACCAUGCAUUAUUGCUAACCGGCCUAGAUCUCUUUGCAAUCGGUCGCGAUGGAUUCACGACCCACCAGGUUGUUGGUUUGGCUCCAAUCGGAGGAAUGUGCACAGCGACGAGCAGUUGCACAGUCAACGAAGGAAGACAUUUCGAGUCCGUAUAUGUAGUGGCUCAUGAAAUAGGACACAGUCUGGGUAUGAAACACGAUGGACGAGAGGCCGGUAAUGACUGCGACUCAGGCAGUUUUUUAAUGUCACCUACACUAGGCAGUGGAAAAACGCAAUGGUCACCCUGCAGUAAACACUAUCUCGAUGCUUUCCUCAACACUAGGCAAGCAGAGUGUUUACGGGAUAGAAGCUGGACCUCUCAACGAUUGGAUCAUAACGCGUCCGCGUCGCUCCCAGGCGAGCGUUUUACAGCUGAUCAGCAAUGUAUGUUAAGGUAUGGUCGAGAAAGCCGACGAAACACUCAAAGACCCUUGAACGAAAUAUGCCGUGAUCUUCGUUGUACAAAAGUUCCUCCGAGACUUGCUCGUCAAAGUGGCACCAGCUUGGUGUCAUAUGGAUCUCAUCCAGCUUUGGAAGGGACAGCCUGUGGCGAAGGCAUGUGGUGUCGAAGAAGCCGUUGCUCUUCGCGAAUCCGAAUGCAAAACUUUGAUGCGGACACUACCUCACACGCCAAUAGUGAACAUCCAUCGUGGUCCGUUGUUACGCCGUGUGCUUCCGGUUGCCUGUAUGGCGCGAAUUCGUUGAGCAGUGGUAGUAUGGCUAUAUCUACUCACAUUCAAAAUUGUAAAUACAAUUCACCGUGUGAUAAUGUUUCAAUCCGCUAUCGAACGUGCGAUGGAUCACAAUUGUGUUUGAACGUCACCCGUACAACAAUCCAGCAGUAUUCCGACGAUGUUUGCUACCAGGCUGCGCAACAAAAUUCUUCUAUUUUACCGAAAGGCAUCCAACAGCUCAGCGUGGAUGCGUAUCGGUCGUGCCAAGUAUGGUGUUAUUUGAGAUCAGGUGGAAUGACUUCUUCUUCAGGAUGGAUAUAUCCUGAUGGUACACAGUGUCAAACUGGAUCAAACGCGCAGUACGGCCGUAACGUAAAUCGCAUAAAAGUGGCUACUCUUUGCCUCUCCGGGAGAUGCCAAGAAUUUUCGUGCGAUUAUAGCUCGAUGCACCAGUUGCAUGCAGAUGUUUGUCGGACUGAGGAACCGGCAGAAUCCAACAUCGUUUAUGACUAUUCAUUUCCACAAGGCAAACCAGUGGCCUUCAAAUACAGUGGAAAUACAUAUUAUCCAUCUCGUAUUAUCCUUCCUGAAACUUCCAAACAUUUUGCUUCUCAGUCGAUGUAUCCACCAGCACCGAUAGCUGCAUAUCCAUCUCAAACUGCCAUAUUUGCAACAGCAGACGAGACCUCUCUAUUAAAUCUAAACGUCUCAAACAACAGUAGGAUGGAAAGUGUUUGGAGUCCGUGGAAAACGAUCAGCUCUUGUCGAUCAGGGUGUCUUUUUUCGUCAAAAGGAUUACGGUUAGUUCAACGGAUUUGUGAGAGUGGAACAUGUUAUUUAGGUUCUAGUAGCAGCGUCCAGCUUUGCAUACCGACGGAACAGGAAUGUCCAGAAUACCAACCCAUUACAUCAUUUGCCGAUCAAGUUUGUCGGCAACAGCACUGGUCGGACCUUCAUCGGGGAAUUCAGCUGACAGAACGCUUAAAAGAUGCAUGUGUCGUGCAAUGCCGUAAUCCACGGUCUGGUGAGCUUACUGCAGCUGUUGGUGAGACAGGUUGGUUUCCCUCGGGAACUUUAUGCAAUCUGCUGAAACCGGCAUAUUGUCUCAGCGGACGCUGUGUUGAGUUUGAUGAGGAUGGAAUACCGAAGUGAGUUUGGUCUGGAUUACUAACUCCAUCCUGAUGUGCUUAAAAUGCCUAGGCAAUCGAAAUUUUUUCCAAAUAUGUAGCGUGAAUUUAUCCCCUGUAGAGUUUCACAUGGCCUGCAUUGUUGAGUCCUAUCCGUAGUCAAGCAACAUACCCUUGGCUCUCAAUUGACCUUCGUUAG